CUGUCAAUCAACUGAAGUGACAAAGGUGUUGUUGAUCCGUCGCUGACAGUUAUGAUGUCGCCAACAAGGCGACUCCGGCGACUGACAGCGGCCAGUAGUCCAGUUUGUUGCGUUUGUAGUUUUUAGUGUUAAAAGUGAUGAAAGGCUGCUUAGUUUUAAAGACAGCGGCGCGGUCUACCAGACGGGACAGGACUGGAGCCAGUGGAUGUAGCCUAGCAUCCUGCUAGCCCUGCGAAGAAAGGUGGCCAUUGUUUGAGUUGUUGGCUAACAUGGCAACGAAUGCUAAUGUUAGCAGCGUCGGCUAGACGGGCUUCACUGCCGUGUUACUGCAGAACAUACCGCUCUGGUCACCCUGCAUGAUGUGUGAAGGUCCUGAAGCCAGUGGUGAGCAGUGCCUGUCCCUCUCUCCUUCAUCUUGGGCCAGCCCCCUCAUUUAACCAUCCCCCCUGAAGUCUCUCUCCCCACCUGCCAAGAUGACCGACAGGAAGGAGCCACCCUUCUUUAACGAUGACAGCGUGGGAGCUUUUCACUACAAGCUCCCUUUCUACGACACUAUGGAGCUCUUCAUAGAGACCCUGACAGGGACCUGCUUUGAGCUACGUGUGUUGCCCUUUGAGGCUGUCAUUUCAGUCAAGGCAAAGAUCCAGAGGCUGGAAGGUAUCCCUGUUGCCCAGCAACACCUUAUCUGGAACAAUCUGGAGCUGGAUGAUGAACAUUGUCUGCAUGACUAUGGCAUUGCUGAGGGCUGCACUUUGAAACUAGUCUUGGCUAUGAGGGGAGGACCUAUUAACACCAGGAGAGUAACCAUGGAGGAUCCUGUCAAAGAGGUGGCUGACCUGAUGGAGAGCACAAAGGAGGAGGGUUGGGAGAAAAGCCUGUCCAAUAAGCAGGUCACAUUUGUGGUCUAUCGUGAGGGAGACCAGCUAAACUUCUUCCGAGUAGUUGACAGGGGAGAUGGCACCCUGACCCCCCUGUCUGAAUCAAUGAGCGGUGGCUCAGUGUACAAUGUGUGUGCAGAGGAGGAGGAGGAUGGAGAGGGUUGUGCAGCUGCACAGCAGAGCCUUGAGAACUCCAUCACCAUGAACAAAAUGAAGCUUCUGAAAGCCAAAAUGGAGGACAUGAACCUCAACAAGAAGCCGAAGAAGUCGGCAAAGAUAAAACCCCGACCUCCCGUCAGCCCACAUCCCUUCAGUGGCUCUGUAGGACCUUCCAGCAUGCGACACCAUCAUCGCCUUUUUCGUUCAUUCUCCCAGAUCAACCAGCCACGGCAGUCAAACUCACAACUACCUCCAAUCCCGGACCAUAAAUCCUUAGAUCCUUCCUUGCCCUCUGCCGCUGCAGCUCCUGCCCACUUAUCCGUCCCUCAACGACCACCUCCCUCUUUCUACUCGCCUUCUUGUUACAUGCUUCAGGAGCAGGAAGCUUGGGAGACAUGCCCAUUUUCGAAGAUCCGCCCCCCUCCCAAAGUAUCCCGGUUGGACAUUGGCAGCAACAGGUUGAUGAGGGACUGCGUGUACCCGCAGCUCCCUCCACUGUGUAUCAGGGGGCCACCUGAAACCGCCUUUGACACAGCCGAGUCUGCAGCAGAGGCAGUCAGGCUGGGUUUGUUAGAGGAAGCUGCUGGACUGGUGGUGCCGGCACAACCUGGAACUCCAAUUGGGGAACUGUCAGACCCUCUGAGUCUGGAUGUGUCCACCCAGCCAGAGGGAGGUCAUCGGCCCCUAGAGGUUGGGGCGCAGCACCAGCUGCCACUCUCCCCUUCCCCACUCAGCACCUGGACUCUAGGGACAAGUGAUGCUCUGACCAGCAGGGCUGAUAGGACACAGCUUGGGACGGCAUUUCAUAUCAGCCCUCCUUCUCCUUUACCUGCCUCCGCCUCGCAAUCCACUUCUACGAGACUGCUGCCUCAGCCUUUUGAUUCCACUCUGUCCUUUUUACAGCCCAACCUUCAAGCACAAUGCUCUGCACAAGUGAAGCCAGGAGACACACCCCCUCAGCCUGCCUCAUCUCAUCCCCCACGCCUUCUGGGUGUUAAAGUAGAGUCACCUGGCAAGAGGCCAGAGGUUAUUUCCAAGAGGGAAGCAAGAGGCAUCACUAAGAUGGCCAACCAAGCCUGUAAAGAGCCAGUAGGGUCCCUGACCAACACUGAACUCUUGGCUUCUCUUUCUACAAGGGCUCCAGACAGCAGCAACAGCAGGAACAGUCUUGGAGAAAGUUUGGGACUUGCACUGGCUUUGCCUCCUGCCACUGCCUCAGGACAGGGCAGCCUUGGCUCCAGGCUGCCAUCCAUCGCAACUGACAGGCUCCUUCAGGAUGAUCUCAUGAGACAAAUGUCACCGUUGCACCGAGCAGCAGCCUCUUUCAUGGCCACCAACACUCUUGCAUCAGCUGGGGGAGUCAUGGCUCCAUUCGGGAGAAUAGGCACUCCAACAUACCACCUACCUCCAGUCAAGGCUCCCACUGGCACCAAGAAGAAGAGCUCAAAGCACUGCUUCCUCUGUGGCAAGAAGACUGGCCUGGCCUCCAGCUACGAGUGCAGGUGUGGUCACAACUUCUGCGCCACACACCGCUACGCAGAGACUCAUGACUGCACCUACGACUACAAGAGUGCCGGACGGCGAUUUCUACAGGAGACCAACCCUCUUAUCAGUGCCCCCAAGCUGCCUAAGAUCUAGACCUGACAACCUUCACAUCUCACAAGGGACGACCGGAAGAACUGCAGGUUAAGGAGGAAGGAGCAGAGAAUCUACAGAGUUCAUUCUAGUAUAAAGAAGGAACUUAUUCACCACUGUGUGCUUUUUUUUUAUCAGCCAAGUUUGCUUAAAAUUUUAAAUGGAGUACUCUGUAAAGCCAAGUUUGAACAAACGAGAGAAUACUGAAAUGGCACAGAAACUACUUACCACCUCUCGACAAUGUGAAGAUGUUUAUCCUUUUUAUCUGUUACCUUUUUUCGUUUUCCAUUACUCAAAAACAAAAGAAUGGAAAAAAAAAACCUGUGCAUGUAUGUAGGUAGUUUUUGCUAAAUAUAUCUGCUGCACGUUCAGACAUAUCUAUUUUUAGUUUUGUCAGCCUUUUUUUUUAUAUAUAAAUAGGACCGCUGAUGACUUCUCAUCCGACAAGUCUUUGACAGAUGCACUUUAGAACUAUCAUAUUUAUACAUUUGACUCUCCUUAUUGUUGCGGGGAAGGAUACUUAAAUGUCCGUGUUUGUCUUUUGAAGUGUUUAUGUUGUCAUCAUCCAGAUUUUUUUAUAUUCUGCACCUCUAAGCGUCUCUCUUACAUGGGCACAUACAUACCGACAUCACUAAUGAAAUAUUUCUUAAAAGAGAACAGUACACCCACGUAUCAAUGAAAUACCUAAUAUUUAUUAAUGAAUAUUUAAAUUCAAGGUUGGUUUUGAAAUAGCGAGUAUGCAAUGUGUGUAGGUGUGAAUGUCAGUUGUAAUCUGUAAUCCUAUUAAGUAAAGUGUAUUAGGAUUGGGGCAGUGGUUAUGGUAUUUAUGAUGUGAUUGUGAUUAAGGUGGUUGCCAUAAAAAAAAAAAAAAUCUUUUGUAAGUCUUUUUUUAUCACUCAGCUGUUGCAAAAACUUUAAAUGCUGUCAUAGUAUCUACAGGGGUUUGAUCUAAUAAAGUUUCUUUCCGUACAUACUGUA